AUGCAGGAAAUAGUAGAUGGAAUAUCAGAUUUAUUUUCUAGUGGUAUUGUUUCAUUUUUAAAAAACAUGGUUAUGCCUCAUUUAAAGGAGUGCAGUAUUUCUGAAAAAAAUGAAAUAGAUUAUUUAUUUGAUACUUUGGCUAAUCCUUUUUUCAAUUUCAAAACUGAAUAUCAGAGAUUUCAAUUUUUUGAGGGGGUUUUCGAAGCAGCCUUUAAAUAUACUGAAGCUUCUACUAACCAAAAUCAAAUACUUUCAUCAUUUCUAAAUGGUACUACUUGGAAGUCAAUCAAAUAUAAAUUUAGUAAUAAAAUUGUUUUUCCUAUAUUCUUGUAUUAUGAUGAUGUUGAAAUAGGAAACCCUUUAGGAUCGCACUCUGGUAUACAUAAAAUGGGCUGUGUAUAUUAUACAAUUCCUGCUUUUCCCCCAGAAUAUUUAUCAACAUUAGAUAAUAUAUUUGCUGCAUUCUUAUUUCACUCUUCAGAUCUGGGAAAUUCAAAAUUCAAUAAUAAAACUAUGUUCGCUUCUCUGAUUAGUGAUUUAAUUGAUUUACAAGAAAAUGGAAUUACUAUUACAGUUAAUUCAAAUAUUAUUCAGGUGUAUUUUGUUCUUGGACUAGUCUUGGGUGACAAUUUGGGUCUUAAUUCUAUAUUAGGCUUUGUGUCAAGUUUUUCAGCCAAUUAUUGUUGUAGAAUUUGUUGCUCCCAUAAAACAAGCGCUCAAAAGAUGCUUUUAGAAUGUACAGAAUCACUUAAAAAUGAAGAAAACUAUAAGCUAGAUGUCCUUCAGGAAAAUGUAUCUGAAACAGGUGUAAAUGAACUUUGUGUAUUUAAUGCUAUUCCUAAUUAUCAUUUAAUAAUUAAUAGUGUAUGCGAUUUUAUGCAUGAUGUAACAGAGGGAGUUGCUCGUUAUGAUAUGACUGUUAUAAUCACACAAUUAAUAAAUGAUAAGUAUUUUACAUUAAUUGUUGGCGAACUAGUUCCUAUAGAAACCCCUGUUUGGCAAUUGUAUAUAGCGUUGCGAAAAAUUGUUGAUAUUUGCUGUGCAAAAACAAUUCAAUCCGAAUGUUCUCAUUUAUUGGACCAAAUAGUGGCUGAACAUAAUAGACUUUAUUUGUUAUUAUCUAGAAGUAAUCUUAAACCUAAAUUUCACAUGUUAACCCAUUAUGGGAGAGUUUUAAUUAAAAAUGGACCAUUAAUAUUGACUUCUUGUAUUCGAUUUGAAGCCAAGCAUAAGAUAUCAAAAGCUUUUGCAAAUUAA